CGACUUCCUCUGCCCAUCCCCUCCCUAUCCAUCCACCACACCACUUUCUCAGUCAAGUCAGCGAUACUUCACAGCGCGCACUCACGCCGCAUACCCGUAGCUGCUGGAUAUCGUACGACAAUGUCUCUGUGUCGGGCAGCUUUGCAGAGAUGUGGGCCUAUGGCUCGGCAUUUUCUCACAAAUUCACCCUUCUCUCACCUUAACAGAAAUGUGGUCUCUCGAAGGACCAUGUCAUCAGUCCCUGGUGGCUCCGGUGAGAACAUUGCUUACUUUCUGCUGUGCGGUGGUGCUCUUGCUGCAUCCGUCGCCUACACCUACUCAACCGUGACCUCAGACCAUGCCAGGUUUAUGGACCGCGUAACCGACAUCCAAUCCCGUCCCAAGGACGAAUGGAAGCCUAAACCAUGGCCACCCAAGAGUAGGGAUGAGGAUGAGGAAGGUGAGGGUGACGAGGAAGCAGCUGAAGAUGAGGAGGCUGCUGAGGGAGAUGAGGAGGCAGCUGAGGGAGGAGAGGAGGCAGCUGAGGGAGGCGAGGAGGCAGCAGAGGAGGACGGAGCUGUGGAGGCAGAGGCCGGAGAUGAGGUGGCCGCUGUGGCGGAAGAAGCCGAACCUGCUGCUGAGGCUGACGCUGAGGCUGAGGUCGCUGCGGAGCCCGUAGCUGCUGAGGAGGAGGAGGAGGCAGGGCCCGUAGAGACCGCAGUGGAGGCGGUCGCUGCGGAGCCUGUAGCUGCUGAGGAGGAGGAGGCAGCACCCGUAGAGACCGCAGUGGAGGCGGUCGCUGAAGCUGUUGCCGAGGCUGCCGAAGUCAUCGCUGAGGUCGCAGAGGUGGUUGUCGAGGCAGCGGAGGAGGUGGCGGCGGUUGCAGAAGAGGUGGAGAAGGUGGCACAGGAGGUGGAGGCAGCAGCAGAGGCUGUGGCAGCGCCUGAGACUGUGGAGGAGGCGCUGGCUGAGGCCAUGGAGGAGGAGCCUGCGGCAGCUGAGAGCAACGGAACCCAGAUGGAGGCGCUCUCUACAGUACUGAGCGCUGUGGCCCCGGCGGAGAUGGCCGCAGCCUCUGUAAUGGAGGUCAUGCCUGUGAUCCCUGCAGAGGAGGAGCCUCUCAUUGUGGAGGAGGUGAAGGAAGAGGCACCCGUCGUUCCUGAAGAAGCCCCAGCAGUAGCUGAAGAGGCACCAGCUGCUCCUGCUCUGGAGGAGACCCCAGCAGAGGUAGAGGCAGCACCCGCGGCUGAGGAAUCCCCAGCUGCAGAGGAGGCCGCAGCAGUAGAGGAGGCUCCCGCAGUUGAGGAAGCACCUGUGACCGAAGAAGCUCCAGCUGUGGUUGAGGAGACCCCACCUGCCCCGGCAGUUGAGGAGGCCCCUGCAGUUGAGGUGCCAGUGACCGAAGAAGCUCCAGCUGUGGUUGAGGAGGUUCCUGCUGCUCCAGCAGUAGAGGAGGCACCAGUGAGCGAAGAAGCUCCAGCUGUGGUUGAAGAGGUUGCUCCUGCAGUGGAGGAAGCACCUGUUGCCCCAGUGGUAGAAGAGGCACCCGCUGCCCUUGUGGAUGUCGAGGAGGUACCCGUUGCCUCAGUGGUUGCUGAGGAGGCACUAGUGGCUGUGGUGGAAAAUGGUGCCGUCAUCGCUGAUGAGGUAGCAGAGUCUCCUGCAAGUCCAGAGGUGGUUGCAGAAAGUCUGGUUGUGGAAGAAGUAGCAGCAAGUGUGGUUGAGGAGGUCGCAGCAAGUCCGGUUGUGGAAGAAGUGGCCGCAGUGCUGGCCGAUCCUGAGCCUGCUGCUGUUGAGGAGGCCCCGGCACCAGUGGAGCCCAAACGGGAGUACAUUAUGGUGGUCCUGGAGGGGUCCCCAUCAUCUGAUAAGAAGCCCAAGGUACUGGGGGUGUCUGCAAUGACUGGCAGGGUCAUCCCUGCCCCUGAUGAUGAUGAGCCAGUUGUCCAGGUAACAGGGAAAGAGGCGGCUGCUUAGAGUUCAAAUGCAGUAACAUCGUAUUGGUUCUGUAAGGACCUUUAAUCCCUGGAUGGUGAAGCCCUCCUCCCGGAAGAAGAAAAAAAAGGAUGUGCCUUUCCCCCUUAACACGACCUCCCAACACCAAACUUACUCCCUCAGCCCUUACUGCAGGAAGUUUUGAUUGGUGGUUUCUCCUGGUUCCUACGAUUACAACAAUUUCAUGCAAUUACUUGUACUGUAAACAUCCCCCAGUAGGGGAGCUGACUCUGCCAUUAACGGUCACAGAAAAUAUGCACAAUCUCUUCGUAAUACCACAAUUAUCACUGUUUAUAAGUCAGAACGUCGGUCAUGACAAUAGCCGCACUCCGUCUUUUCACUCCUUCAAAUCUCAAAUUUCAGAUCUUUCAUUCUCUUUGUAACUGACUCAUCUUAUGUCAUCAAUAUGAUGGAUCAGGUGAAACUAUCAACUGUAAUAUUUCUGCAACUUGUCACAUUUUGCAUAGUGGUGCAAAGUGGAUAGUGUAGUUUGCUUCUCCAGGAAUCUGUUAACACUAGGUAUAGUAAUUCAGGCAUCAGCCCACAUAGUGAGCAAAGUGGGAAGAAAUGGUCACCUGCCUCCACUUAGUAAAUGUUUACCACAUCCACUCUGUCCUGUACUGAGCCGAUCCCUGCAACUGUCCUUCAAGCUGUCUGCUUGGUAAUGGGCUUUGUUGGUAAUUGUGAUGAAUUGUUGAACAAACAAAAUGGUCACCUGCAGGGAAGAGGAGAGCUAUAGCUACAUUUCUAGUAGCACACUGGUUCUUCUUCAAAGUUAGUUUCAGCUUAGUUUGACCUACCUCAGCCCUCACUCUUACCAGGCCAUGUUUCCUUACCACAAUGCUACCUGUUACCAUGGCAAUUGGCUGCACUAGCUCCAGCAAAAACUGUCACAACAAGCUGCAAGAGAACCUUUCAGAGCCUCAGGCACUCUUCACUUUCACCAGUAUACACAUAAACUGAAAAAAAGUGUUAUUUAUGUAACAAAACUUGGCCAUAGGCCCACUACAGCAAUACACAACUCACGGCUGUAUUUUUAAAGAUUACUGGCUUGUUUGGGGAAUCAUGGACCUAAACUGUACCUCACUCCUUUGUACUUCAGCCCUUGAUCUUCCACUCCCUUCCUCCUGGAGCAAGCAGUGUUGAAACAUUUUCUACGCUUUUACCAAUUACAAACCAAUUAUAUUUCACCGAACACCAGCAGUAAUUUUUAUCAGGUCAAAAUCAAAUUCUUAAAAAAAAAAAAAAAAGAAGCCUCUUCUGACCGUUGCAUAAGCCCCAUAGAAUCACAGCAUGAAGCACUAGAAACAUAUACUGUGCAUGUGAUGCGGCGUAUGUAGCUUUACCAGCGUCAAGAUGACCUCAGAAUGGACACAGUCAGCUUUUCUGCUAGCAUUCUCGCAAGCAUAUCAACACCCUUCUGUCUUUCCACUGUUUUUGUUGCCCAAAUUGUAGCUUUCAAGUCCAUAGCUGCAAGAUAAUCCAUGCCCCAUCCCCACUGAGAUGGAUGUUGUAGUGGGUACCAUUACGGACAACAGACUGAUCUGUGCUUGAGUGGUCAAUUACAUUGAUCAUCCAAGCAGAUAGCUUGUUAGUCACAGUGUACUACUCUGUGAUUCAGCUGUGAUUUUUAUUUUGUUUUUGAACACAUUGGUAUGAUAAGGGAAUUUCAUGUCAAUUUAUUAUUUUUGCAUAGUCUUUCAGCUUGGCUUGCAGUGACUUGCAAUGAAAGUACCACACUUCAGUGUAUAUUUCGGUAUUUCAGCUUCUCAGUAGGAUGCUCAAAUAGCUCUGUGUAAUGUAUUAAAAUUACAUUUUGAAUUCAGUUUCUGGGCAUAAUUAAUUUUCAUGCUUAUAGUUUUUGCAAUGGAUCUUCAUGUUCCCUUUGUCUUUUAUUUCUAUAUUUAACAUGUUCAAAGAAAGGGACCCUGAAGUGAAUGUAAGAAUAUUAAAUGAGGUGUAGUUUUAUCAGUGUGUCUGUCCUUGUGUGUUCGCUCACUACUGUCUUUCCCCCCCUUUUUUGUAAAUGCCAGCUGGCAGGGCAUAUUUGAUAUAGAACCUUGUGUCGAUCUGUUUUGCCUAGCUGAUGGUCCACCAUGGUGGCCAUUUUACUGUGAAUGUAGACACAUUCUGUCUGUUUGAAAUAAAGAGGGAUGAAGAACUAAAA